AAUUCCGUGUCAAAAGUAGCGAGAUGUCUUGAGUGUUGGAGAUCAUAUUUUCAAGGUUUUCUUUGGCUUGGUAACCUUAACCACUUUGUUAUGCUAAUAGCCCCUGACAUCAGCGCGAGAUCAAAGUGGCGCGCGGACUCAUAUAGUCUCGACCUCCGUCUGCACCGUCAGUCCAGCAGAUUCCAGCGCGCGAGCAGCACUGCACAGCAAAAUCAACACAUCUCUUCAUCAUUGGACUUUUGCAUGAUGCUUUCUCAUUCGGACUUCACAACAACGGAUUAACUAGAGAAGUUUGGCUGGAUUUAAAUAAAACGCACUUUUGGAUUAUUUGCACAAUCGGCAUUUUUUGACGUCAGCCUCUGUUUGAUAAAGGUCUAUAGCCAGGAGGGGGGAAAAAAACACAGCUCUGCAAUCUGGACAAUCACUGUCUGUAUGUUGUGAAAGCAUCAUGCCUGAGGCCAGACAGCAUGUCCACUGAGAGGAGAGGGACAGAAAGAAGGAAUAAGUGUCAUGGCUUUUGGCUUUUAAUUAUAACUGUGUCAAGAAGCAGUGGGGUCAGCGAGCACCUGCAUCAGUGUCUUCUGAUCGAGCUGGAUCUUAUUGUAAAGCAUGAAGCAAAUCUUCCCUUCACUCCCGCUCUGUCUUGUCACAUUCCUGCUCCUGUCUCAGCAGUGCACAGGAAUCAAAUGGCUGGCACUAUCACAGACCACACAACACAUCAACAAGACCCAGCACUGCAAGACGUUGCCAGGCCUCGUCUCCUCUCAGGCUCAGCUCUGUAGGAGUAACCUGGAACUCAUGCAAACUAUCAUCCAAGCGGCACGGGAGGUUAAAAAGGUCUGCCAAAAGACCUUCUCUGACAUGCGCUGGAACUGUUCCUCUAUUGAUGCUCAAAAAUUCCUCCCGGACCUGGAACGAGGAACGAGGGAGUCUGCAUUUGUGUACGCGCUCUCUGCAGCCGCUAUAAGUCACACUAUAGCACGGGCGUGCACCUCCGGAGACCUGAGGUUGUGCUCGUGUGGUCCGAUUCCAGGUGAAAUACCUGAGCCUGGGUACAGGUGGGGCGGCUGUGCUGAUAAUCUACAUUAUGGUCUCCUCAUGGGCUCCAAGUUUUCUGAUGCCCCCAUGAAGCUGAAGAAGAAGUCUGGCUCGCAUGCCAACAAACUGAUGCAUCUUCACAAUAGCGAAGUGGGCAGACAGGCUUUGCGAGACGCUCUGGUCAUGAAGUGCAAAUGCCACGGUGUUUCUGGAUCCUGCUCCAUUCGGACCUGUUGGAGAGGCUUACAGGACCUGAAGGACAUCGCUAUGGAUCUGAAGACCAAGUACUUGUCAGCCACUAAGGUGGUCCAUCGGCCCAUGGGCACACGCAAGCAGCUCGUCCCCAAAGACAUCGACAUCCGGCCAGUCCGAGAGAAUGAGCUGGUUUAUCUGCAGAGUUCACCAGACUAUUGCAUGAGGAAUGACAAGAUGGGCUCUUUUGGUACUCAGGACAGGCAGUGCAAUAAGACCUCCAGCGGCAGUGACAGCUGUGAUCUGAUGUGCUGUGGCAGAGGCUACAACCCUUAUUCAGAGAGAGUGGUGGAACGCUGCCACUGCAAAUACCACUGGUGCUGCUACGUCACGUGCAAGAAGUGCGAGAGGACUGUGGAGAAAUACGUGUGCAAAUGAGUCCAUCUCUGUGGGUCGGCUAUGAUAAUUGUGCUGACCUCCGGUCACACGUACCUAUUCUCAGCUAAACUAAUCUAAAGGAGAUCUGGAAUGCGCUCUACUCAUUGUAACAGAACUGGACUGACUUCUCAUUCGAAUUCCCAGACAUGGUGGUUGGAACGAGCUGAAAAUGUCAAGAUUUGAUAUAUUCAGCCUGGGUGUGGAGCAUAACCUGACCUAACCCUAUCUGACUUACUUGGCCACAGAUUACCAAAACAUGUUACCAACAAGGCUUACUUUUGUCUUAUGCUUUUCCAGCUUGUAUGCUUUUGAGAAGACAUGGUUUAUUUUUGGCUUUAUGAACUUUUAUAAAGAAAUAUCAACUCAGAAGCUGGACUUUAUUUUUUUACUGCACAAAUGAACAUGGUUUUUGUUAAAAGAAAAUAAAAAAUAAAAAACACCCAGCUCACCGUCCUCAAGAGGAUUUUUCCUCUAUUUUUUAAACAUAAAAGCAUAUGCUCCUUUAUCCAGAUUUUAAGUCUAUUUUCUUACACAGUACCUGGGUCCCUUUUUUAUUUUUUUUAAAAGUACAUUUUACCUAUUUUUGGCAAGGCAUUGAUUUUAAGCACUCUCUUAGAAUCUUCGAAAUUGCUUGAAGUUCCAAAGGAUUCCACAUUCCAAGUUCUAAGGGAUUCAGGCCUCAAAACUCAGAUGGUACUUUACUUUCACCAGUUAAGACUGUUUAAUAGACUGACGAGAUAAAGAAAGUGCUGAACAUGCAAAGGGAACUUCAAAAGCGGCUCUUGGAUGAGGAACUUUGCAAUGGAUUCCAUCUUUUCGUUGGUUACUUCAAUUCUAGAGGGAGAAUAAAUAUAUUUAUUCCACGUAUAUCAGCAAGGACAUUGGACUAUAUGUGUUGUGCCUUGUUAUAUUUUUACCCAACAUAAAAAAAUGCUGACAUUCAAAUGCCAAACCUCUCUGAGCAUGUGAACAGACUAUGUGGGUCACCCAUUACGGCCUUCGUGAACCACUUAUCUGUGGAUGUACAUACUGUCAUUUUUGUAUGCUGAAUUUAAAAAAAAAAGAGAAAUAUUUAUAAACUAAUUAAAAAUCUUUACCAUGUAAA